AUGUCCUUCAACCCAGCAGAAGUGUUCAAUAUCUUUGAGCUACAACUAGCUUUGAAUGCAUUUGAGAGGGAGAGACCCGCAAACGUCGAUGUUCACGAUCCAGUUCCAUCAGCGCUGUUUGCCUGGCUUUACAAGCCGAGAAGAUUUGGUUCGGUUGGAAUGAGUCAAGCUACUGAGAGAGAAUUCGUCAGAGUCUUACGUAUGAGACAUCCCAGAAUCGUUCAGACGAACGAUCAGCAGCAACCACCUCGGCAACAACCGCUACCUCAGCAACAACCAUUACCUCAGCAGCAUCCACUACCUCAGCAGCAUCCAAUACCUCAGCAACAACCACUAUCUCAGCAGCAUCCACUACCCCAGCAGCAACUACCGCCAUUACAGCAAGUACCAACACCAGAGCAACUACAGCAACUACAGCAACUACAGCAAUCACAGCGACUACAGCAAUCACAGCGACCACAGCAACUACCACCACUACAGCAAUCACCACCUCAGCAGCAACCACAGGGAGACUACGACAUGAGCGACAUUAUUGAGCAGCCUGUCAACACAGCACCAGCUCCACCGAAUGUUUCCAUCACAGCUGCAGCACUCAGAGGCCUAAAUCACAUCCAACAAAAGGCGUAUAUACGCAACACUAUCAAUGCCCGUGCCAACCUAAAGCUUUCUAGAGGAGAAGCCGAUAUCAUUAUCAAGAUGCUUCUCAUGAGGCGUCACGCAGACCUCGUCGAACUGGUCACGGACGAGAGGGCUCUAAAAUCUGAGCUCGAGAUUACCAAACUCAUAUUUGUAUCGCGGUUGGAUCACCUAAUCGAUAACAACAACAACAACACGUCUUCUGCCAUUGAAACCCGACGUUCAUCAAAGAUUGGUGCAAUCGAAGUUGUCACCAACACCAAUAAUCCAACAUCACUAUCCAAUAUGUCUUCCAAAGACAACACCAGCACUGGAAACCCACUCGUCGACGAGCUCGCCCUUUACACUGAAUUGCCCAAAUCACCUCCUCUGCAUCCAAUGACUCCUCAAGACCGCGAUGUCCUGGAGAGAAUCGAGGAACCCACGGAUGAUACGCGUCUGGUUGACGAAGAAACUGAAUUUGACGACAAGAACGAGCUGGGUAUGCUUGCUGCAGGGAUUACACAGCAUGAGGACGUGAUGGCCCACAACAGUUCCGAAGCAGACAUUGAAACGCCCAUUGCAGGAUCGAGCAUCGCCAAAGAUGAUACUGCCGAUGUGCCGUCCGCCGACAGCAACAAGCGCGUAUCCUCAUCCGGCGACAGGGAGACCCCUGGAUGGGUUGAGCUUGAUCCUGCCUAUUACCAUGAUUUGCACAGGUCUCAGCCUGCUAUGUCGAGGGAAGAAUUGGGCAGAUUCUUGGAUAUGAGACCGCAGGAUUCGCCCGAUGACACGCUGGGCAAAUAUAGUGCUCUUGAGAGCGAAUCCUCCGGUCUGCUAGGUCAGCAUUCGGAGAAGCUCGUGCAAGGCAACGGUAAAGAGAAAGUUGGUUCGACCGAGGACUGGGAGGACGAACCUACAUCCGAGCCAGCUGAAAAGGGUAAGCGAUACGGAUCGAUGUUCAACAGACCGAGCCGACCCACCAGUCACACAAGUCACGACGGCUGCACAGAGACGACUACCACCGAGACGAAAGACGCUCUGGAGAAGCAGCGCAUCUCCCCGAAACAGAUCAAGAGCGUCCCCAACGAAAGACACAAGCCGCCGCCUUCAACCGUCGCCGAAGAACUCAGACUCAUAUCGUUCAUGCAAAAGCGCAUGGCACACUGGAAGGAGAAGCUCGCCACAAAGGGAGAGUCAACCGAAAACAAUGCAAAAGAGGCAGCCAGCGAUAUCAUGGGCUUCAACGCAAGCAUGCUCGACCGCGAAGACUAUGACCAGAUGAUCGCAGAACGCAACACCGAAAGGUCCACUCAUAAUGGGGAAGCUGAAGAGAAGCUCAGUCACCACGAGCAGACCACAGCCAUCACUGCACUGCUCUACGGACUCUCAGUAUUCAAGGCCGCCACACCCGUGCAACAGCAUGACAUGAUUAGCCGUCUCAUGCAUGAGAGGGUGCGCCGUCUUCAGCCUGCUCUAGCUUUCGAGAUGAUUGCAUUACUGCUCGAGCUUGAUACUCCCAAGCUGCUUACUUUGAGUGUCGAUAAUGAUGCUUUCCAUGAAAAGGUCACAAAGAUCGCUCGUGCUUGGGUAUUGAGAUGA